AUGUCGAUCCCACGGCUGGAACUACAGGUAGCAGUUCUUGGAACCAGGCUCAUGAACACGAUCAAGGAGGAGCACAGUGUGGUCAUCUCGGACCUAGUGCUAUGGAUGGACUCGAAGACGGUGCUGAGGUGGAUCGGCAGCACGCACCGCCGUUAUAAGCAGUUUGUUGGCAACCGAGUGGCGGAGAUUCUGGAUUCGUCGAAGGUUUCUCAGUGGAGAUGGGUGCCUACAGCCGACAAUGCUGCGGAUGAUGCGACGCGGUCUCAGAGAGAAGUCGACCUUAGCCAGGAAUCAAGGUGGCUAAGAGGACCUGCUUUUUUGAGGCAGCCAGCAGCCAGCUGGCCGGAGCCUGAGCAAGGAACUGAACGCGUUCCAGGUGUGCCGGAUGAAGAAGAGAUGCCCAAAAUUCUCGAGCUUCAAUCGCCUGGUGAGGACCACAGCCUGGGUCUUACGGUUUGCGCGCCGGUGCCGAAACAGAAAGGCGAUCUCGAGGAAUACGGCCUUACUGCAGCAGAAUGUGAGGUCGUGGAGAACCUGUUGGUCAGACAGGCACAACUGGAGUCGUUCCCCGACGAGAUAAGAAUUGAUGCCGCACUGUGCAUGCCGUACAGUGCGAGGAGGCCCAUCAUACUGUCACACAGGCACAGUCUGACGGAUCUGAUUGUGCGACAUUUCCACGCCAGGAUGAUGCACCAAAACGUUGAUGUUACAAUUGCGGAGAUUCGGACGAGCUUCUGCGUCACGAGGAUGAGGCGUGUGAUGAGGAGUGUCAUCGCAUCGCGCAACAAGUGCAAGUUGCAGCGAGCUCGGCCGAUGCCGCCAAUAAUGGGACCCCAUCCAGUGGACAGAUUGGAUGCGGGUGGAUGGCCAUUCAAGCACACUGGACUAGACUACUUUGCGCCACGGUUGGUGACUGUGUCCCGUCACAAGGAGAAGCGUUGGGUAGCCUUGUUUACGUGCUUGACGACAAAGGCGAUUCAUCUGGAGUUGGCGCAUGAUCUGUCGACGGAUUCCUGCAUAAUUGCGAUCAGGAACUUCGUCUGCCGUAGAGGGCCAGUACAUAGACUGCGCAGCGAUAUCGGCAAGAACUUCGUGGGAGCUGACAGGGAAGCCAGACGCUUUGGUGACGUGUUCGAGAUGGAGAAGUUUCAGAUAAACCCGUCUGAGGGCGGAGUAUGGGAGCGCAUGGUGCAGUGCGUCAAACGUGUACUGCGUCAUAACCUGAAGGAAGUUGUGCCGAGGGAUCACGUAUUGGAGAGUUUCCUGAUUGAAGCGGAGAAUAUUGUCAACUCGCGUCCGCUUACCCACUUGCCUAUGGAUGCGGACCAGGAGGCGUCGUUGACGCCUAAUGACCUACUCAAGGGAGUGGCCAAUCUGCCGGAUACGCCUGGAUUGGAUGCGGAGCUGCCCAACGAGAAAUGGUGUCGCCGAACGGAGCCCAUCCACCAGGGUGAUCUGGUCUUCGUCUGCAGUCCUGCCUUGCCCCGACGAGAGUUGUGCAAGGGCAUCGUGGAGGAGGUCUACAGCGGAGCUGAUGGAGUCAUCAGACGCGCUAAGGUGAGCGUGAACGACAACGGCCAAUCGAGGACAAUGAUGCGACCCGUCUCCAAACUUGCAGUUUUGGAUUUGAGUGAAGCGGUUCUUCACGGGGUCGGGGUUAUCCCGGAUCGAACAUUGUAA